AUGGAUUUGCGAAAACCGCCCGAGCACAUAAUCGAGGUGUUCGCUGACCCCGCGUCCGUGAAAGAUGUCCUCAAAGGAAUCCUACACACAAUCUUCUUCCACCGAUAUUUCCCCUGUGUUCGCCCCGACACGUUUGACGUUCUAGACUUGACACUCCCCGCAAUCGACGAUGUCGAACUCGAAACUUUGAUCGAUUCCCGUAUCAAUACAUUAAUUCGACAACACCUCUCCUCUACUUCGAACUCGCCAAACGGCGGUGUUCGCGGCCGCAUCGCUGUACAGUUCUUCGAAAAGAAGCGAAGAAAAGCUGGUACGUGGUUUGGAGGGUUGGCUGGGAAAAACGAAGAAGAGGUGUGCUGGGAAAUAUGGACAGUCAACGUGACAAUCGCUACUCCGAGAACAGAGUCAGAACGUGCCAAAGUACGCAAAGCUAUGGAAAAAAUGUUGCAAAAGGCUGCUUUCAAAAUUCUUGCUAUUGCCAACCAAGGCAAAGAUCACAUCCCGCCGAUCACAACAAGCGAUGCAAAUCCGUUUCCGUACCAGAUCAUUCUAAAUCCCAAGACAGAUAAUUGGAGCAACAGGCUUGGUCUUUAUUGA